UUCAAAGCCGUGAAGGUCGAUAUAAAAAGCAGACCGCCGUCGGGGGAUUCAUUCAAUCCAACCCAGUAAAACCGACAGCAACGAACUCGCAACAGUUUUGUUUAUAUAUUUAAGUACAUUUUUUUCGUUUUUAUUUCUAGUUACAGGUGUAGUUUUUUUAUUAAUUUAUUCACAUAAUGUAUCCGAUUACGUUUUUAACGAGUUAUUUACUAUUAGUAUUUUGCCAUUUUGGAGCCACCGAACCUCCGCCAUCUCAUGGAUAUGGUCCUCCAUCUCCAGUCGAAUUCGGAAGCAACGAAAUCGGAUCGCAUGAACAAUACAGCGCUCCGGCUGAUUUCGGAAGUUACAACAGCUUCGGCUCAGGAUCUCCUUCAAGCUACAGCGCACCAAGCUCAGCUUAUAAAUCAGGACCACCGAGUUUCCCGUCUCAUUACAGCAGCGGUGGCGGCGGCGGCGGCGGCCCAAAAUACAGCAGUGGUUUGGGCGGCAAAGGAGGCGUCAGUUCUAGCUACAUUAGCAUAGUUCACGGUGCUGGAAGCGCCAAUGGUCCAGGAAAAUUGCGCCCUUCGGCUUACUCUGCUCCAGGCAAAGGACCAGCUUCGGUCAUCAACUCGUACAACCCACCUAGCUUCGGCAACGCUGCUUCUACUUUCACCGAUGUAAAAUCUUACGGCGGAGCUAGCCCAUACUCGGGUGGAGCUAGCGCCUACUCCGGCGGCGCCAGCCCUUACUCUAGUGGCGAAGCUUUCGGCAGCAGCGGCUACACUAAAUUCGGCGGCGGCAAUCCUGCCGCUUAUAGCGCCGGAAGUUACGAAUCGUUCUCGCCCGGAUCUUCAGCCGAUUACAACAAAGGCUACGAAAGCGGCGGCGUCAGCGACGAGGUCGCUAGUUACUCCAGCGGUGGACCGAGCUACGCUACGUUCACAGGCAGCUCUAAACUUUCCUAUACUCCAAGCUUCAGUCAGGGAUCUCGCGGUAAUGCUUUCAGCACUUCUAAUGUUAACGUAUUCGGCGGCGGCAAAAGCGGCGGUCACGGUAGCUUCCACGCACCUUCGUACACCGCAGGCAGCGUGAAACCCAGCAACGGAGCCAAAGUUUACAGCAGAUACAGCGGUCCCAGUAGUUUCGGUCCAAGUUCCAGCAGCUAUAGUUCGCCUUCGUUGUCCAGCGGCGAAAGCGGAUAUAAUAGCAGAGCUUUGAAAGCCGGAUACGGUAUCGAAAACAGCGAAGAUUUCGCCAGCAGCGAAGAUUCCAAUGUUUUCAACGGCGCCUUCGGUGACGGAGCUGGAUUCAAAGUUCAAAGCAGUUACUCAACUGGUUAAUAAGUUAAUGGAAAGUAGAAUGCAGUGAAGGCUGUGAAUAACCAAAAACGAAAAUUGAACGUCGAUGGUUUUAUUUUUCUCAUCAUUCUCGGAAGAAUACUAUGUAAAGUAGAUAGAUAUUGGAAUAUUGCAAGGCGCCUAUCCUGAGCUGAAGCCACUCGGAAAAUCGGAAUGUAUCAUUUUGUCUCGCAUGGAAUAGAUUUUAAAUAAUUUGAAAUCCUACCCACGUUUUUUUGUACAGUUGUAUGUUUAUAUUGUUGAAUAAAUUUUUUUGUUAUGGUUUCAUAA